CUAAGGUUUAUAAGUUUGUUUCAGUGAACUAAGAUGCGGUACUCUUCCAACUAGAAACACUUUUAAAUGUGACGGUGUUUUCGUAAUUAAUUAGGACGAUGUUAGAGAUCCUUUUAUCCCCUGGCUCUCUUAGCUGGGGGAGAGGGCUUUUGUGCAUUUUUUCUGCAUUCGUUGUUGGACUUAGUGGUGUAGUCCCGCUUCUAUUUCUCCCACUAGAUAGCAUUUGUCCUAGAAAAGAUGUCAUUUCUCUCAAUAGGUGGCUUAGUUAUGCUACUGGAAGUCUUCUUGGUGAAGUUUUUAUCCAUCUUCUGCCAGAAUCCUGGAUUAACAGUGACAUCGACACAUUUCAGAUUCCUGGAUUUUGGAUACUCAGUGGACUUCUGUUGUUUUUUAUUAUCGAGAAGUUAUGUAUUAAUGAUUCUACUGAAAAAGAGGUCGAAGGUUAUCUCAAUCUUGCUGCCAAUAUAAUUGAUAACUUUACUCAUGGUGUGGCUAUUGCUGGAAGUUAUCUUGUAUCUCUUCGUUUAGGGAUUUUGACGACUACCUGCAUAUUAGUCCAUGAAGUUCCUCAUGAAAUGGCUGAUUUUGUAAUUUUACUCCGAAGUGGGUUCAGUCGGUGGGAAGCUGCUAAAGCUCAAUUAGCUACAGCAUCUGGAUCUACUUUAGGUGCCAUUCUAACACUUUGUGCUAAUGCUUCAGUAACCGGCUGUACAACAAAAUGGAUACUUCCAUUUACUGCCGGUGGCUUUCUGUACAUUGCAUUGGUUUCUCUUCUGCCUGAUAUUUUAAAAGAAUUAUCAUUUAAGGAAUCAAUUAUUCAUUUAACUCUUAUGUUUUUUGGUUUAACUUCAAUGGCAAUUGUCUCAUAUGCAAUGGAUUGAAUUGAUAAAUAUUAUGAUCAGAAUCAAAAUAACAACAACCAUGUUACAUAAUGAGAUAUACACAGAUUUGUAAACAAAAAAUGAUCAUCAAUCGUUGAAAACAGAACACCUAAAAGAUUAUCUAAUUUCUUAUAUCCGAUUGUCAUUAUACCCCGUUCUCAUUCUCACCUUAUUUGCCUUCUCUUAUUUAUCCAAUUAAUGUAUAUGUAUAAACAUAAUAUGUCUUAUUGUUAUGAUAAUGAUGAGAAAUCUAGAAAAGAUCUCUAUGAAACAAUUACUCUCCAUCAUUCAUCCUCUUUUUCUCGGUUAUUUCACAUUUUUCUCUAUUGUGAAUUUCUUUCCUUUUCUAUAUAUGGAAUCUGAUUUAUUCAUUGUUUAAUCCAGUGAUAAUCAUAUACCAUUAUAUGUCAUGCACAGUUAAUAUAAAAGAAGCAAAAUUUUCUUUUACAAAAUCUUUUACUAUAUUAAAUCUAUUAUUGAAUAUUGUACAAGUUGUGUUGUUUUAAACAGUAAACAACUAAAAUUUUAAUUGUGUUGUAUAGUGUAAUAAGCUAAACUUGGAUUAUUAUUAUUAUUAUUAUUAUUAUUAUUAUUAUUACUAUUAAGCGUAUAUUCUUUUGAUUUCAAGCCAUCCAAUGAGUACUUUUUAUUCAAUUUGACAUUGACAUUGAUUAUGUAUCAUCUAAUUUAUAAUUUAAUGAUAUUAAUUAAUAUAAGAGUAAUUAUUUUUUAUCAUUAAUUUCACAUAUUGAUGAGUAGUAACUGCUGGAGAAGAAUGAGAAUGAAUCGAAUCAUUUCUUUCUUUUUUCUUUUCUUUAUGAAAUCAGUUGUUUGUAGAAUAACAACUUCAGUUUUUUGACUUACUCUAAUCUUAUCAAUUUAUCAGUUUUUUAUAAAGUGUCAAUACCUGAAAGCUUUACGAUCCAAAUAUUGAUGUUGUUGUUAACUUAGAUAUAUAUGAUUUCGUUAUUUUGUUUUUGUUUGUUCAGAGAAGAUAAAAUAAACAUCAUGAUCCUGAAUGUGUUCAAUAUGAAUAUGUGAAAAAAAAGAUCCAUUCAGCUUGUACAAACAAUUUAACUAACCUAUUGCAGCAUUAAUAUAUUUUUGUAUGCUGAUUAGUUGUAAUCCAGGAGUUUAUGAGGAAAAAAAAGAAACUCACUAAAUUUCACUCUUAUUCUACGCUUCAUUUGCUUUCAAUAAAAUAUAUCAUUUCUAUUCAGUUUAGAUUGAUCUGUUUGAUCACAAUACCUAAUAAUAUGUUUAAAAGAUUAUAUAUAUAUAGUAAUAUCCCAAUGAGUAGAAAAUUGCAUUACUAACGUCUUGUAAUUGAAUGUAAAUGAUUUCUUCAAAAUAAAUUUUACUAAUAACUAAUUUUCAAUAUGACACAUUUUCUAAGUACAUCUUUAAAUAUAAUCUGCUUUUGUUUGGAGGUUCGUGUUACUAUCCGAUUGUCUAAGCGAAAAUAGAUGGAAUAGGGUUCUAGUCUGAGCAAUGAUGGAUUUAAAACAGUCGACCCAGUUUUAUAAAGGGUUUAUAUGUCAGAAAACUGACACUUGGUUAUAAAUAAGCUCAGUCAUUUUAAUACAAAAUUUUAAACGGAUACACUAAAUUUCAUUAUCAUUCUAAUAUACAUCAAAAUAACACUACAGGAAAAUAUUGAUCAUCAUUUUACCCAAUAGUAAUUUCCAAAACAUCGGUACAAUGAAUUCACUACAUAGCAAAGUAGACAGAUAGUUAGCAUAGUUCGAUGAAAUUUAUUGUGCCCUUAGUAAUAUCAAACCGAAAAAUCAAUGAAAUUUAAAGGUUUAAAAAGUUGCUUUUUUUUCAAUCUUUCUCUUAAGGACGAAAAUAUUGUUCAAAGGUCAACUGAAUUCUCGCUUUAUAUUCUUACAUGCAUCUUGAUAUAUACAUACAUAUUUUUUACUAUAUUAUCGUUUGUAUUCUUAUAGCAUGUCACCUAUCAGCUUUAAACCUUUGAAAAAAGUAAACACAUUGUACCAAGUCUAAUCAUUGAUUUGAUUUCUUUUAUAAUGGAUAAGAAAACGAGUAUUUCCCGAUAUGUUAAUGUCACGUGUGGCAACUUAGACAGAUACAUAAUCAUACUGCGUCCUAGAUGCUGCGCAAUAACUAACUAUCUGGUUUGUAUGUAUAAACAUUUUUAGGUUUUCUUACUAAUUAUAUCAUACAAAGGAUUUUUUAACAACUGAUUCAGA